AUGAACGCGGUGGGGUGCGACAUAGCUUCGCUGCUGGGGGUUCUCAGUAACUCAGAGGAAGCAGCCACAUGCCCGCUGGCUAGCUUUGCCCGCGAGAUUCGCUCGCUGGUGGCAAGUAAGCAGGCAGAGGACCUUGGUAACCUUCUCGCCCAGCGCUCAGCAGAGCUCGUAAAGGAGGAGGAAAGGCUGACUGCGUCAAAGGAAAUGAUCUCCGUCACGCAUGACAAGUUGCGUGCGGAGAUAACUCGGGUUGAGGCACAAAUGCGGACGCAGGAGCGCCGCCUACAGGAGGUGUCGCAGCAGAAGAAGUUGUGCAAAGUCGCCCUAAACCUCUACUUGGCAGGCGACGUGCCGAGACUCGUAGAUGCGGAUGUCAUGGUCAUGUCCUCUGCAUCACCAAGCUCGCCUGAUAUGAAGCGCAGCACCGAGGAAGGGGGGGAGGAGCAUCCCAACAGGGUGGCACCGGCGCCGGCACCCAUGCGGAACUCCCCCAGCUCCCGCUCGCCUAAGCCAGUGCAGGUUGUUGAGAGUGACAAUGGCGGAUCGCCAAAGAACGGGACACCAAUGUCCUCAUCUCGCUCCGGCCCUGCAGCGCUCACGUCGGAUGGUCUUCUCGCACUGCUUCGCCUGCCAGACGUGAAGGAAAACGUGCUGCUGAGUGCAAUCGAGGGCUACACGCAGCAGCACCUCGGGAAAAAUAGCAGUUGGAUGGCGACACAGAGCUAUCCUGACAUUCUGGCCGUGAUGAUGGCGGUGCUGAGCCACCUCAGCGAGCCACGGCCGCCAGUGCAGCUUGCGGAGCUGCGUUUGCUUGGUUAUGCUCUGCAAUCUUCCUCCCCUCCAUGCCACUCUGGAAGCAGUCACAAUCUCUUCACGAUGCUAGAUACCCUCGUUCGCGAUGGCCGCGCUGUGCCUAUCCUAACGAACCUGCUGAACAGCGUGAACGACGACGUGAAGUGCGAGGUGCUGGAGCUCCUGGCACCGCUCGUGUGUGAGACGCAUGCUCUCAUCAACGCUGUUGCCCCUAGCACUCUGAGCACCUUUGCACGGAAACAGUUUCUUGCCGCGAACGGGCUGGAGCCGCUGGUAAACAUUGUCGUUGUGAGCACUUCUGAGGCAGUGCUGGAGCGGGCACUGAUUUUUCUGUGGGGGCUCCUCACAAAGGAUGAGAAAGUGGAGCGCGGAGCCAGUGGGGAGGCGUCGAUUCGGUCGCAGGUGCGAGAGCUGGGUGGACUGCGAGCAGUACUUGACCUUCUGUACACGGACUCCCUCCCUAUAUUAGAAAACGUCUCGAUGGUGAUCGGCUACAUCACACGAGAGGACGCCUCCAAAAAAGAAGUACGCGAUAUUGGGGGACUGGAGAAAAUCACGGCGACACUGCGCCACCCGUCCGACUCGAUCAAGACAAAGAUGGCCGGGGCGGUGUGGAACUGCGCGUCGAACGCCGACAACCGCAAACACCUGCGUGAGCUCGGCGCCAUCCCGGCGCUUCUGGAGUUGCUUCGCAGCCCAAGGUCAACCACCGUGGAUAAAAGCACGUACGAGUUUGUGCGAGAGAACGCAGGGGGCGCGCUUUGGAACCUUAGCGUUGAGGCGGAGAACAAGACGCAGAUUAUUGAGUAUGGCGGGGUGCCAUUGCUGGUGGAGGUGAUGUCUUCGUCGAACAGCGUGGCGGUGGUGGAAAACGCAUCUGGUACCCUGUGGAACUGCUCCGCGACGGCAGAGGCCCGUCCCAUCAUCCGCAAGGCUGGUGGCAUACCCUUGCUCUUUUCUCUUCUCAAUCACCGCAAGCCAAUGGAGUCGUCGCGAACCGUCGCGGUCAAGUCGACGAUGCCUCUCAGCGAGAAGAUAAUUGACAAUGUCGCUGGCACACUGCGCAACUGCGCCAUUAACGACCAGAACAAGCCCGUCAUUCGUGAGUGCGGCGGCGUUGAGCUCCUUGUGGCGAAGGUGAAGGAGGCUUAUCUUAGCUCCAGCAAGAGGGACAGUGCCGACAAGGCAUCGUCGCCAAUCUCUCCCUCGACAGUCGACAAGCUAGUCUCCACGCUGUGGAUUCUGACAACAUCCCCGGAGAUCAAACACACGGUUCGGUACACUGGAGGCAUCGAGGCGUUCGCGAGCAUUCUUGAGAAGUCGUCGCCCAGCAUCGCCGGCGGAGGCAAGGAAGCCGGGAAGAACGUGAGUCUGUUGGCACCGCUCCGCAUGCCGUCUGGCAUAGGUAGGUUGAGUGUUGAGGUGUUCCAGGCGGCCUACAGCGCGUCAGCUAUCGGAAAUCUGCAGUUUGCAACGCCGUCUACGAUGGUCCCGAUGAAUGUGAAGGAAAAGCUUGCAGGCGUAUUGCGUAACUGCAGCACCGUCGUGGAGAACAGGCCAACCAUGAUGCAGGCGAAUUGUACCCGGUGCCUGGUGGCUGUCGUACUGGACUGCUACGCGUCCGCGACGGUGUUCCAGGCAAACGGUACUUCCCACAAGAACAGCCGCUUCCAGGAGCCGUCGACGCAGCUGAAGGAGACCGUGGCGUCUGCGCUGUGGCACCUUUCUCGAGAUGACAAGGAUACACUACGGGUUCAGGGUGGGCUGGAACUCAUGUGCAUGCUUCUUCUGUCCCCGCAGCAGCCCUUUGUAGUGCUCGAGCAGGCGGCCGGCGCCCUCUCGUCGCUCACCGUGAACAACAACGAGAACCGUGAUGCCAUCCGCACCCACGGAGGCCUCUCCGCCCUCAUCCAGCUCGUAGCCGAGUAUUCGCAAGGCAACGUGGGUAACCGGGCUGGGAAGUCGGAUGCGUCGUCCUACACUUACGCGGUUCUCAAUGCCUUACUUACGAUUCGCAACUGCACCGUCAGCAGCGACGAAAACUCGCGCGUGUGCUACGAGGCAGUUACUGACAAGAAGUGUGCCUUCGGGUCUGCGCUACUGCACAUGAUAGAGCACGGGCCAGAGGACUGCGCAAAGGAGGCGGCCCUGACGGCGAAGAACAUCUGCUGCAUACCGGCCGCUGCCAGCUACUUUGUGCAGAACAACGGCGUUGCGCUUGUGACAUCACUGUCGGAGCGGGCAUCGUCUGAUUCGGUUCGCCGUGCCGCUGCAUCGUUACUACAAGUCCUUUCGAAGGCGGCCAAGAAGUGA